AUGGCACCUGUUAGCGACCGGCAGCGCAAACCCCCUGUCAUUCGCCUCUGUUCCAGCUCCUCGUCGAAGUCAUCAGAAGACAGUAGCGACGAUGAUGAAGUUGAAGAAAUCAGUGGAGACGAAAGCAGUUAUAGCAACAACGAAGAGGAGGACGACGGCGGCGGCGAGGAGGAAGAGGAAGAGGGAGAGGGAGAGGAUGAGGAUGAGGAGUCACUCUGCGAAAGAGUCAUUUCUCUUCUUAAAGAAGGGAAUGGAUUAGAGGGUUUGUAUGUAAAACAUUGUAAAGCAUAUUUACGCAAGUAUGGACUUCGGCUAGCUGGAACGAAGGCGGUUUGUAUACAAAGAAUCAAGGAGCAUUGGAGAUUUAGUAAAGUCACAAGACAUGGAGAGAUUCUCGGGAUGAGAACUGUAGCAGGCAGGAUUGUUAAGGAAAGCUAUGGUUCUGCCAAACAACAGCAUACAUUUUCGGUUGAAGUACUGUGGAGCAAAGGGGUUGAGAAACUGCCUCCACUUUCUCCUUUGCUUGUGAAAGGCCGGAAUCUCUACAAAUUGAGAACUUUCAGACAAUGUUGGGAUAACGAAGCAGAAAGACAGAAAGUCCUUGCUGAAAAGCACGAACGAGGUGCAGCAGCAAGACGUAUGAGAACAACGAGGAAAUCUAAGAUGACAUGGUCUGAAAAUGGAGGAGAUGCAAAGUGUCAUAAUCGUUCCCAUCAUGGAAGACCAUCUCAAUCGAGAAAGAGAAAGACAGCUGAACUAGAAAAGAGGAAGCAUGUUGAUGUACAUGGAAGGGACACGUUGCAGCUACGUGAAACGUAUAACAAGCAUCACCAGCAGCCCCUGGCGCAACUGGAUUUCAACAGAAAUAUGAACUUACACGGAUCUAAAACUCCUUUGAUCAAUGUUGAUAUGGGCCCAACUCUUCAGGCUCGUGCAUUUACUACCCAAGAUCCUUGCAUAUCACAAGUAGAACCGCAUCAAAGGAGAGUCCCAUUCCAUCCCUCUCUUCAUGACAGGGGCACCUCAACAACUGUGAUGACAUUGCCUCCUUGGAGGCCCUAUGCCGAUACAGUGCCUGCACAAUAUCAGGGGCUUAGUCAAAACAGUAGAAUCAAUUACGACUAUGCAAAUCCUUGCAUAUCACAAGUAGAACCACAUCAAAGGAGUGUGCCGUUCCAUCCCUCUCUUCAUGAUAGGGGCACCUCAACAACUUUGAUGACAUUGCCUCCUUGGAGGCCCUAUGCUGAUACAGUGCCUGCACAAUAUCAGGGGCUUAGUCAAAAUAGUAGAACCAAUUAUGACUAUGCAAAUCCUUGCUACAACUUUGAAAGGAGUUUGAACCACACACCAGAUUUUAUUAACAGUGACAGGCCAUUACAUCGAUUUCCUCAAAGAAUAGAGACUCCUUCCUGUUCUGACCACAUGGAAGGCCGUGGGACAAUUAAGGUGGAUGCAUCCUUCAAGUGGAAGCAAAAAGAGAUUACCAACCUAUCACAUGGCCGCGGAAUAAAAGAGUGUGGCCUGGUGAAUAGGAGCUAG